CCUGGCCUAGGGCCGGGGCGACACUGCCGGGUCCCUGCUACUAGCGGCCAGCAUGCUUCUGCACCUGCUCCCGCUGUUGGCGCUGUGCGGGGCGGGUUGCGUGGUGGCGGGUCCCAGCUACAGCCUGCGGGGGAGCUGGUGGGUGAGCAACGGGAACGGCUCCCUGGAGCUCCCGGGUACCGUCCCGGGCUGCGUGCACAGCGCCCUGUACCAGCGCGGGCUGAUCCAGGAUCCUUACUACAGGUUUAAUGACCUUCGCUACAGAUGGAUUUCCUUAGAUAAUUGGACCUACAGCACGGACUUUAAAAUCCCCUUUAACGUCAGUGAAUGGCAGAAAGUAAGGUUGAUUUUCGAAGGAGUCGAUACAGUUGCAGAAAUCCUGUUCAAUAAUGUCACUCUCGGGAAGACAGACAACAUGUUCACUGGAUACAGCUUUGACAUCACUGGUGUGGUCAGAGAUGUGAACUCUUUACAGCUGCGCUUCCAGUCAGCAGUACAAUACGCUGAACGUCAGAGCAAAGCUCAUGCUAACUACUCGGUUCCACCAAACUGCCCCCCACAGGAGCAGAAAGGUGAAUGCCAUGUCAACUUUAUCCGAAAGGAACAGUGCUCCUUCAGUUGGGACUGGGGACCUGCCUUUCCCUCUCAGGGAAUCUGGAAAGACGUUAGAAUCGAAGCCUACAACGUCAGUCAUCUGGAUUACCUCACGUUUUUGCCAAUAUAUGAUAACACUUCUUGGGAGUGGAAUGUUGAAAUAGAGGCUUCUUUUGACGUUGUCAGCUCAAAGCCAGUUGGUGGUCAGGUGACGGUAGCCAUCCCUAAACUGCAAACACGGCAGACGUUUGUUAUUAAACUUCAGCAGAGGCAAAGAACGGUUAAACUCCUUGUGAAAAUUAGCAAGGACAUUGCUGUGGAACUCUGGUGGCCUCGUGGACAUGGGAAUCAGACUGGAUAUAACAUGACAGUUCUCUUUGUGCUGGAUGGAGGCUUAAAUAUUGAAAGAUCAGUCAAGGUUUAUUUCAGGACAGUGCAACUUAUCGAAGAGCCCAUAAAAGGAUCUCCUGGCCUGAGUUUCUACUUCAAAAUUAAUGGACUUCCUAUAUUUUUGAAAGGCUCAAACUGGAUCCCAGCUGACUCAUUCCAAGAUAGAGUGACUCCCGAACUAUUGCAGGCCCUUCUGCGGUCUGUUGUGGAUGCCAACAUGAACACCCUGCGGGUGUGGGGAGGAGGUAUCUAUGAGCAGGAUGGAUUCUAUGAACUUUGCGAUGAACUUGGAAUCAUGGUGUGGCAGGACUUUAUGUUUGCCUGCGCCCUUUAUCCAGUGGGGUGGAGCUUCGUGGAGUCAGUGAGAGCUGAAGUUGCUUACCAGAUCAGGAGACUGAAAUCUCACCCCUCCAUCAUCAUAUGGAGUGGAAAUAACGAGAAUGAAGUGGCCUUGAGGGUGAACUGGUUUCAUGUGAAUGCCAGUGACUUGGAAACCUACUUUAAAGACUAUGUGACCCUCUUUGUGAAAAACAUCAGAGAGAUUGUCUUAUCAGAAGACAAGAGCCGUCCUUUUAUUGUGUCCAGUCCUACCAAUGGGGUCAAAACCAUGGCAGAAGGCUGGAUCUCUUAUGACCCUAACAGCAACCUUUAUGGCGAUGUCCAUUUUUAUGACUAUUCCAAUGACUGCUGGGAUUGGAAGAUGUUCCCCAAAGCCCGAUUUGUAUCCGAAUAUGGCUACCAGUCCUGGCCUUCCUUUAGUACACUAGAGAAGGUCUCGUCUAAAGAGGACUGGUCUUAUAGUAGCCGCUUUACCCUUCACCGACAGCAUCACGGAAAUGGUAAUGAUGAGAUGCUUGAGCAGGUUCAGCUCCACUUCAGACUCCCUCGAAGGACAGAUCCCUUACGCAAAUUUAAAGAUAUGAUCUACCUUACUCAGGUGAUGCAGGCCCAGUGCAUCAAGACAGAAACUGAAUUCUACAUGCGCAGCCGCAGCGAGAUAGUGGACGGAGAAGGCCACACCAUGGGGGCACUGUAUUGGCAGCUGAAUGAUAUCUGGCAGGCUCCUUCCUGGGCCUCUCUUGUUCCUCCAGGAGCCGUCUCCCGCCAGCAGAAAACAUCCCCAGUAGAAAUCCACCGGGCUGCCUUCUCCAGACCACACUUCUCCCUCCAAUUGCUGUUUUAAGAAGAACAGGAACCAUUGGGAAUGAAAUAUUAAAACUUGAAAAUCUGCAAACCAUGAAAGAAAUCGGUUUGUAUCUUUCUUCCGCCUCCACAGUUUGCAGCACACAUUGUGUUACCACCUCCCCAUCCCUGUCCCCCCAUGGAGACAGCUGUGCACCGCUGUGCUCCGGGCUCUGUCCUAGGCGCCCUAUGGCACAACAUGCCGGAAGCACUGUGCUCCGGUUUUGCAAGUAAGAGAGCAGCCCGCGGAGGUUAGGCAGCAAGCUCAGUGUCCUGUGGCCCAGCAAGCACUGCACACUGAGUCACUUCUGGUUUUUUUUUAAGUACAGUCUAUUAAUCACUCCACUGUCAUUGAUUUAUUGCUUCAAAGUGGCUUUGUCACCAAAUUGCUUUAUAAUUGACAAAAAAAAUGGACGAUCAGGAUGUUUUUCUAAAAAUUAUGCAGCUGGAAAAAAUUGUUAUCUGUUUAGUUAAUUAAAAUCUUUACGUCAUUUCUCCCUCCUCCAGAUAGUAGCUAACAACAUUUUCUAGAAAGUUCACUUCCUAUUUUAACAAAAUUAAAAUUUACUUUAUACAUCAACCUCCUUGAGAAGGUUUUUUUCCCCACCUUUUUUUUUCCUUUUUGUUUCUGGCCUCUGUUGGGGAGAUUCUUCAUUCUCAGACAGAUAUUGAGAAAGGAAGAGAAUAGAAGAUUGGAUGUGAAGCUGUGAUGGUUUGAAUGAGAAAUGUCCCCUAUAGGCUCAUGUGUUUAAACACCUAGUCCCCAGCUGACAGUACUGUUUGGGGACCUUACAGAACCUCUAGGAGGAGUAGCCUUGGAAGAGGAAGUCCGUCCCUGGAGGUGGGGCUUAGAGGUUUUAUAGUCUCAUCCCACUUCCUGCUUCUUCUCUCUGCUUCCCAUGUGUGGCUAAAAUGUGGUCAAUCAGCUUUCCCUGCUCUGUAGACUUUUUCUGGAACCUUAAACCAAACAGAUUCUUUCUUUUCUAAGUUGCUUUUGAUGGUGAUAUUUUAAUAGCGAUUCAAAUAUUAUCAAUAUAGAAGGCUUAUCCUACUAGACAUCUGAAUAAGGCAUGGAAUGCUACAAGUCUUGACAAUUUUGCAUUGUAUUUGAGGAGGGUUUUUUUUUGGUAGGAGGUAUUAUUAAUUGCCAUGGAUUUGGCUGUUUAGUCUGACUGUGAAAGCUGUUUUGUAUAGUAACUGUUUUGCUUUGCUUAGGAGAUUUUGUACCUGCGGGAAAAGAGACCGAAGUCUAGAUAUUUCUUAUGAAUGAGAAUUUGCAACAAGCAUCCUCUCCUGGUACUAAUAAUUUCCUUCUUUAUGUGCGUGUAGGAAAAAAGAACCUUGGGAAUCAGCAUACUGGUGCACUCUUGUAAUUCCAACUCUUAAAAUUGCAGGAGGCUAAGGUUAUAAGACCCAGGGUUUAAGUCUAGCCUGGAUCUUGUGUUAAACAAACAAACAAACAAACAAAUCAAAAGAGUAUUGAUGCACUGUACUGAGCUUCUGGAACAAGGUUACCUCUGAGAAAGAGCUAUCUUGGAGUAAAAUCUGGGCUCAAGAUACCGUGCCCAGCAUGUUUCAAUUAAGCCGUUGCAUCUUUCUUCCUUUGGGAAAUAAGCCAUUGCAACCCGCCUGGCUUUAUCUUUCUACUGUUGUGAGGUUGACAUGAAACAGUCUCCAGAGCUGAUGGACAGAGCCCCGGGCACCCCUGAGUCCCCCACAAAACAGACUCCCUCAUAUGUGUGCCUUUAAAAACCCCGACAAGCCCUGCUCGUUGCUCAUGUGGAGCCUGACCUGACUGCUUGUUCCUGGUGUCUC